CGUUGCGCACCAUAAGACUCACGUUUGUAGGUUAUAUUUUGUUGUGUGGAUUUUUUACUUUAUUUAUUAAAAAUGAAAGUACCGAUAGCAAUAGGAUUGGUAUUUUUAGGCUGUUGUACGAAUGUUGUAUUUCUGGAAUUAUUAGUAAAAGAAGAUCCAGGCAGUGGAAAUCUUAUUACAUUUUCACAAUUCCUUUUAAUUUCAAUAGAAGGAUUUUUUUUUACUUCAAAGUUUGGCACUGUUAAACCAAAGAUAGGAAUUAAGGAUUACCUGAUUCUUGUUGUGAUGUUUUUUGUAUCUAGUGUUUGUAAUAAUUAUGCUUUUGAUUUUAAUAUACCUAUGCCUUUACACAUGAUAUUCAGAGCUGGAUCUCUGAUAGCAAAUAUGAUAAUGGGUAUAAUAAUUUUAAAGAAAAGAUACGUAUUUAGCAAGUACCUAUCAGUAUUUAUGAUAACUAUGGGUAUUGUGAUAUGUACAAUAAUAAGUGGACAAGAAGUAAAAUCAACUCAAAAACUUGUAGAAAAUGCUAUACCUCCAACUCCUGUGGAAAAUUUGUUUUGGUGGUGUGUUGGGAUUUUUUUAUUGACUCUAGCAUUGUUCAUAUCAGCAAGAAUGGGUAUAUAUCAGGAAGAGUUAUAUGCUAAGUACGGAAAACGUCCUAGAGAAGCUCUAUAUUAUACACAUCUUUUACCACUACCAUUUUUUCUAACAUUGGCUCCAAAUAUUUGGGACCAUGCGAUGAUGGCCAUUAAGUCUGAUCCAUUAUUAGUUCCAUAUAUUGGAGUAACGAUGCCUAAGACUAUUGCAUAUCUUAUUGGAAAUAUUUUGACUCAAUAUAUGUGCAUCAGCUCAGUUUUUGUACUGACGACAGAAUGUACAUCUUUGACUGUUACUCUAGUUGUAACGUUAAGAAAAUUUUUAUCAUUACUAUUUUCUAUAGUAUAUUUCCAAAAUGAAUUUAGUAUUUAUCAUUGGAUUGGAACAUUUUUAGUGUUCCUGGGAACAAUUAUUUUUACAGAACUUGUGCCAAAAAUAAUACAAAGUGUACAAGGUCCAUCAAAGGCGAAGAAAGUAGAAUGAAUGAUAAUGAUAAGAAGGGGAAAAAAUAUUAAUUCUUCAUUUUUGUUAUCGAGAACUAUUACUUUUGAUUAUGAAGUGAUGCUUACGACUAUUUAUUGUGGCAAUAACCUGAUAAGUAAAAGGAUAAUAAUAAUUGUUGGGGGCAUUGGAAAAUUAAAUCACUGUAAAAACUUUCUUGAAGACGACCUCAAAACUAUAAUCAAGCGUUGGCGACGUGUUAUCAUUAUCAUCCUCGCAGUGCGUUUUAACGUUGGUUAAAAAUGUGUUAUCAUGGUCAGAGCUGCUGAAUAUUCAGUAAAUAAUCACUUUACUCAUUGAGUAAUUGUAAAUACUAAAUUCAAUCAGUUUUAAUGAUCUAUUACUUUUUGAAAUUAUUUUAAAUGAAAAAAAAAUAUUUUUUAUCUGUUUUUUUUUUUAGUUAUAUACACAAUACUUAGUGAAAUUACAAAUUUAUUCGAUCAAAAUUUGAAGAAGAUUAAUGAAAGUGUAGGAAUCAAGAUUAUUAUUAUUAGUAGAAAUUCGAAAAAAAUUAAUAAACAAGUGUUAUUAAUACUUGGAUUAGAGAUUUAAAUAUUAAUUCAAGAACGACAUUGGGUAUAUAUUAUUUAUUUUAUGCAAGUGCCUUCAUAUGUUGUCAGUCAAUAAUCAACCAUUGUCGUUCAUAAUAAAAAUCCAUCUAUUUGGCAAAAAAAAAAAAAAA